CGCCCCGGUCCCUCCUGGCGCCGGCACCGCCCCCUCCUCCUCCUCCCCCGGUGACGAGGCUGGACGUCAGCGCGCCGGGCGGGAGCGGAGCGGGAGCCGCCCGGGAAGCCAAGAUGCCACCGUCCCUCCCUGCCACCAUCAACAUCCGGGAGCCCCGCUGGGACCAGAGCACCUUCCAGGGACGGGCCAAGCACUUCUUCAUGGUGACCGACCCCCGAAACCUGCUGCUUUCAGGGGCCACACUGGAGGAGGCUCGCCGGGUGGUGGAGGACUACAGGGCGGGCACAGUACCCCCGGGUCUAACAGAGGACCAGCUUUGGCGGGCAAAAUACAUCUACGACUCGGCUUUCCACCCUGACACGGGCGAGAAGAUGCUGCUUAUAGGCCGUAUGUCCGCCCAGGUGCCCAUGAACAUGACCAUCACUGGUUGCAUGUUGACCUUCUACAGGACCACGCCGGCCGUGCUGUUCUGGCAGUGGGUCAACCAGUCCUUCAAUGCCAUUGUCAACUACACCAACCGCAGUGGAGAUGCACCCAUUACUCCCAGCCAGCUGGGGACAGCCUAUGUGAGUGCGACUACGGGUGCAGUUGUCACAGCACUGGGACUCAAAUCUCUCACCAAGCACUUGCCAGCCAUCAUCGGCCGGUACGUGCCUUUUGCAGCUGUGGCUGCUGCCAACUGCAUCAACAUCCCGCUGAUGAGGCAAAGAGAGCUCAAGCUGGGGAUUCCCGUUACGGAUGAGAAUGGGAACCGCCUGGGUGAGUCCACAGCUGCAGCUCAGAAGGCCAUUUUCCAGGUGGUGGUGUCCCGCAUUGGCAUGGCAGCCCCAGCCAUGGCGAUCCCCCCAGUGAUCAUGAAUGCCCUGGAGAAGAGAGCUUUCCUGAAGCGAUACCCGUACCUGAAUGCUCCUCUGCAGGUCGGCCUGGUGGGACUCUGCUUGGUAUUUGCGACCCCGCUGUGCUGUGCGCUUUUCCCGCAGAAAAGCUCGAUGCUUGUCAGCCGCCUGGAGCAUGAAGUCCAAGCUCGGAUCCGGGAGAAAGACCCACAGCUGGAGACCGUCUACUUCAACAAAGGGCUCUGAACGGGGGGCCCGGGGCAGCCGAGACGCGUGCGGCAGAGCCACUGGGCCAGUGCAUCGCUGAGCUUUGCUCCUCGGAGCCCCCUGGGGCCGCUGCUGCUUUUCCUUUGCCAUCCCAUGUCCGUAGGUCCCAGGUACUUGGCCCCACUUCCUGGGAUGCCCGCAGCACUGUACUGCGCCGAACCUCGUCCCUGUGCUGGGGACACUUCCAGGCUGGCACCCUGUGUGUGUCUCUCGUGCUCACCCUGCGUGUGCCCGUAGCUGUGUGCAGUGCUUGGGGGAGCGUGGGCAGCAGCACCAGGGACCUUGUGGGAUGUAGGGUAGGGAAGAAAAUGGUUCUCCCUAGCUUUAGUGGACAAUCGUGGUGACUGAGGAUUGAACCCCUCUGCGCUGAGCCCCUGCUCUCAUCCCCAUGGCACUGGGAACCCGUGUUCCCCGGUGUCUGGCAGCUGCCCACUAGGGAUGACAGAGUGGCUCCUGGAGAGGAGAAUUCCAUCCCCCUUGAAAAAAUGAAUGAGUGAUUUCAAGCCUACACAGUGGCUUGAAGCUGGGGGGGGGCUCUCUCUGCCAGGGCGCGUGCUCUCAGCUCACCUUCUGCUCUCCUCUGGACUGCUCAGGGGAUUUAAUCUGGCUUUCUGCUCCUUCCAUCACUGGAGCAAAUUGCACAUUUUAAUCCCAGCAGAGUCCUCCUUUUUAUUCUCAUUUUAAUGCCAUCUCUGUCCAGGGCUGAGCUCCCCCCACCGAGAGGUCACUCUAGCCCCUCCUGGAGUUCUUGCUUUCAGGUGGACCUUCUCAAAUAGCUUUAAGUGUACCGUGGUUUCCUCUAGUUAUUUUUGAUAUACGUAUACUGUACCUACAUACACCAAAUAAUAAAGGCAGGUUGUUUAUACAAAACCAAAAGCAGAGAAGCGCGUUGCU